AUGUCUUACCUGAACUCCAUCUCCCAUGAUGCCCCUCUGCAGGUGUGGAGCAUCACCUACCACAGCUGGCUGACGUUCGUGGCUGCUGCUGUGGGCGUGUCUGAUCUGGAUGCUGCGUGCGAGGCGCCACUUCGCCACGCUGUGCUCUCCCUUCAUCCUGCUCUACGGCCUGGCCCUCUGCUUCCUGCAGUACGUCUGGGCAUGGACCUGCAGCCGAGCUGCCCGCACCGUGGGCACCAUGAGCCUGAGGCAGCUGGGCCUGGACCGAGCCAGUACCUCCUGCCUCGCCUGGGGGCCAUGCUGCUGUACACGCUGACGUUCUGGCUGCCUGCGCCAGUCAGUGAAGGACAACUUCAGCAGGAAGAAGGGCAGGUCUACCCUCUACAGGAGGUCACCACUGGAGAUGGGAGCGGGCAGAAUGAGUCUGUUCUGAAAGUUGUGGGCAGACUGGUGAUGAGCUGCUAUGCCAAGUACUGGAUCUACGUGUGUGGCAUGUUCAUCAUGGUCAGCUUCGCUGGCAAGCUGGUGGGCUACAAUAUCUACAUGCUGCUCUUCUUGCUUUGCCUCUGUCUCUACCAGGUGUACUACUCUCUGUGGAGGAGGCUGCUCAAGGUUUUCUGGUGGCUGGUGGUGGCCUACACCAUGCUGGUCCUUAUCACCAUCUAUACCUUCCAGUUUGAGGACUUCCCUGCCUACUGGAAGAACUUCACCGGCUUCACUGAAGAGCAGUUGGCUGACAUCGGCCUGGAGACCUUUAAGCUGACCGAGUUGUUCACCAGCAUCCUGAUCCCAGGCUUCUUCCUGCUGGCCUGCAUCCUGCAGCUGCACUACUUCCACAAACCCUUUAUGAGGAUCACAGACCUGGACCACGUCACGCCCAUACACAGCAAGAGGAACAGGCACAGACCAGAGGUCCGCCGCUGUGAUGAUGGGGCUGUGUUUGAGGAGGAAGACCUGGUGACGGAUCUGAGGGAUGACGAAUCGGAGGAUGAUGAGAUGAUGCCCAGUAAGUGGGGUUUGGUGAUGAACAGGCUGAUAGUUCUGUUCAGGAAGUUCUCUGACACGCUGACCCAGAUCCAAGUGUUAAUUUGGAGGGUCCUGGAGCUGCACAUCCUCAAGAUGGUGGCCUUUUUCGUGGUCUGGGUAGCUCUGGGAGAGCCGUCUGUGAUGAACCUGGUUCUGGUGGUGCUCUGGGCGUUUGCCAUGCCCUACUCCCGCUUCCGUCACAUGGCUUGCUGUCUGUCCACCGUCUGGGUCUGCAUCAUCAUUGUCUGCAAGAUGCUCUACCAGCUCAGCAUCGUCGACCCUGUCGAGUACUCCAACAACUGCACUGUGCCCUUGGCCAAUGAAACCAAUCUGAAAGAUGCUGAGGUCCUGAACUCCACUCUGUACAGAGAGCCUGUAGACCCAGCCAACUGGUUUGGCUUCAGGAAGGAUGCCACCGUGCUGGGCUAUAGCAAGAACCACCUGCUGGUGCUGAUGUUGCUGGUGUUUGAGGCCACAGUGAACCGCCACCAGGACCACCACUACAGGCAGCAGCAGAGGUCCCCUCCCCUCAUCCCAGCCAUCUUCCCCCAGGCCACCAGAGACACCCUGGACCAGGGCCUGCUGGCCUGCAUCAAGUACCUACUCAACUACAGCUUCUACAAGUUUGGCCUGGAGAUCUGCUUUCUGAUGACGGUGAAUGUGAUUGGCCAGCGGAUGAACUUCCUAGUUAUAAUCCAUAGCUGUUGGUUGGUGGCCAUCAUGGUACGGCGUCGCCGGGCGGCCAUCGCUCAGAUCUGGCCCAAGUACUGCCUGUUCCUCAGCAUCUUCAUGAUCUACCAGUACAUACUGUGUGUGGGCAUUCCCCCUGCACUCUGUAUAGACUACCCCUGGCGAUGGAACACCCCCGUCAUAAUCAACUCAGCACUCAUCAAAUGGAUCUACCUCCCAGACUUCUACACCAUUCCCAACUCCAAGAACCUCAUUGCGGACUUUGUCCUCCUGAUGUGUGCCUCCCAGCAGUGGAAGGUGUUUGAGGAUGAGAAGAGGGAGGAGUGGAUGGUUCUGGCUGGGGAGAACACAGACGACCCUAACCCCAUGGACGGGCGACCUUUCAACCCUGCCCCCAACUUCAUCAACUGCAGGUGUUACCUGGACAUGGCCAAGGUUCUGGUGUUCCGUCACAUGUUCUGGUUUGUCUUGUCGGUGGUGUUUGUGACUGGGGCCACCAGGAUCAGUGUGUUCGGCCUGGGUUACCUGCUGGCCUGCUUCUUCUUCCUGCUCUUCGGCACCAAGCUGCUCAGGAAGCCCUCCCGCACGCGCCUGGUCAUGUGGGACUGCCUCAUCAUCUACAACGUGGCCGUAAUCAUCUCCAAGAACAUGUUGUCUAUUUUGGCCUGUGUGUUUGUGGUAGAGAUGCAGAAAAGUUUCUGCUGGGAUCAACUCUUCAGUCUGGUCUGCACAGUCAAGGGUUACUAUGACCCUAAGAGUGUGAGCGAUAAGGCGUGUACUCUGCCUGUAGAGGAGGCAGGGAUCAUCUGGGACAGUAUCUGCUUCUUCUUCCUCCUGCUGCAGAGGAGAGUGUUCCUCAGCUGCUACUUCCUGCACGUGACAGCCGACCUGCAGGCCUCUGCCCGCCAAGCCUCCCGGGGCUUUGAGCUGUUCAGGGCCAGCAUUGUGAAGAACAUGCGCUUCCACCAGGAAGUAGAGAAGAAGUCCCUCUCGCAGCUCAAGAGAUCGAUGGAACGGAUCCGCUCCAAACAGGAGAAGUGUAAAGAGGGCCGUCGGAAGUCAGACACCAAGGCGGAUCCGGCAUCAGAGCCACAGAGGGAAAAGAGAAGCCACAAGCGUGGCAAGAAGUGGCAAGAGCCCUGGCUGGACCAUUCUAAAGUGUUGCAUUCUGGGGAUUACUACCUGUUUGAGUCGGACAGUGAGGAGGAAGAAGAACUAUUUUCAGAAGAAAAAAAGCCUCAGAAACAGACUGCCUUUCAGCUUGCGUACCGGGCGUGGGUGACCAGCGCCAAGGCAACACUGAGGGAACGCCAGGAGAGACAGAAAGAACAAAGAAGGCUGGAAAGAGAGGAGAGACGGCAGAGGGAACAGGACAGCUCUCCAGCAUCAGGUCAUGAAGGUAGUCUUGAAUUUGAAGAAAGCAUUUCACACGAAGAGAUAGACGACAAUGACGAACUUGAUGGAGAGGGCUCAGGGAAGGCAGACAUCGUGCAGAGGAUCCUGGACGUCCUCAUGUUGCUGUGGAUCGUGUUCCUGGCCAUGGUGGAUGGCCUAACAGAGUGGCUCAACCUCAUCACCAAGCAGUACGUGGACACCUCCACCGUGCUGUGCAACGAACGCUACCACCUCAUACACAACGUCAGCCAGGGAUCUCUGAGGGAGCCCAUGGAGGAUCAGCUGUCCCAGGGCAGCGAGAGCCCCACUAUGGAGACCUGUCUGGGAGACAUAGAGGGAGACACGGACCACGUGAAUAGAACCAGUGCCACCAGUGGGUUGGAGCUGGUGGAGCUGAGCGAGCGUGAGUGUCACAGCGGCACCACCCUGUGUUGUUCAGAGCCCACUCUGGAGCUGCUGGGGGUGGAGCCAGAACCACAGCACAAAAGCCGCUACCGCCACUCCAGGACCGCCAGCGAGAUGCUCACUGACCGGCAGUUCUUUGUGGAGGAGCUGGUCCAGUGUAGAGAGUUCUACUCCUCUCAGAACCGCCUGCUGAAGCUGCAGUUUGCCCUGUACAACCUCCUGGCUGCCAACUCAGAGCUGGUGUGCUACUUCAUCAUCGUGCUCAACAACAUGGUGACGGCCUCCGUCAUCUCAGUGAUGCUGCCCAUCCUCAUCUUCCUCUGGGCCAUGCUGGCCGUGCCACGCCCCACCAAGAAGUUCUGGAUGACCGCUAUUGUCUACACUGAGGUCAUGGUGGUGGUAAAGUACCUGUUCCAGUUUGGUUUCUUCCCYUGGAACAGUGUAUAUGAGCUCACGCUGAACGAGGACAAGCCUUUCUUCCCACCUCGUAUCCUGGGCCUGGAGAAGACUGAUAACUACAUCCGCUAUGAUCUGCUGCAGCUGCUGGCUCUCUUCUUCCAUCGCUCACUGCUACAGCGGUAUGGCCUGUGGGACCAGGAAUGUGCUCUGGAGGAGAAGCCCUCACGGCCAUCAGAGGAGGCCAACAAGGAAGAGGGAGGAGAGGGGGAGGGGGUGGAGGUCCAUCCCAGCCCAGGACCCAGCCUCAUGGACCUGGAGGAACUCAAACCGGACGAGGACCAGAAGGCCGAACCAGAGCCUGAACCAGAGCCUGAACCAGAGCCUGAACCAGAGCCCAGCACCAGCUUAGCCCCCACCCCAGAGCCGCCCCCCAGCCUGCUUGUGGAGGGACCCAAGAAGAAGGGCAGCAUCAUGCGCUUCCGCAAGAAAAAACAAUUAAGCAAAGAAGCCUUAGAUAUCAAGGCUGAGAAGAAGGAGCAGAAGAAGAAACAGAAGGGUAAGCGUAGAGAGGCAGCCAGUAAGAAGCUGAUAGCAGUGGGAGAGAAGAUCAAGCACCUCACCAUCACAGCUGUGCGGAAUGUCUACAAGCCUUGUCACGAAUUCUUCAGCGACAUCUUACAUGCACCGUACCGUGCUGCCACUGAUGUCUACGCCCUCAUGUUCCUCACUGACGUGGUGGAUUUCAUCAUCAUUGUCUUCGGUUUCUGGGCCUUUGGAAAACACUCAGCUGCAGCAGACAUUGCCUCCACGCUGUCAGAGGACCAGGUGCCCGAGGCCUUCCUGGUGAUGCUGCUCAUCCAGUUCAGCACCAUGAUCAUCGACCGAGCCCUCUACCUCCGCAAGACCGUCCUGGGCAAGCUCAUCUUCCAGAUCAUCCUGGUGUUCGGCAUCCACCUCUGGAUGUUCUUCAUCCUGCCUGCUGUCACUGAGAGGAUGUUCAGUCAAAACUCUGUGGCUCAGCUCUGGUACUUCUUCAAGUGUAUCUACUUUGCCCUGUCGGCCUAUCAGAUCCGCUGUGGCUACCCCACCCGAAUCCUGGGCAACUUCCUCACGAAGAAGUUCAACCACCUCAACCUCUUCCUCUUCCAAGGGUUCCGCUUGGUGCCUUUCCUGGUGGAGCUCCGGGCAGUGAUGGACUGGGUGUGGACUGACACCACUCUGUCCCUCUCCAACUGGAUGUGUGUGGAAGACAUCUACGCCAACAUCUUCAUCAUCAAGUGCAGCCGUGAGACAGAGAAGAAAUACCCUCAGCCCAAAGGCCAGAAGAAGAAGAAGAUAGUGAAGUAUGGGAUGGGAGGACUCAUCAUCUUCUUUCUCAUCUGCAUCAUCUGGUUCCCGCUGCUCUUCAUCUCGUUGGUCAGAUCGGUUGUGGGCGUGGUCAAUCACCCUGUGGAUGUCACAGUGACUGUCAAGCUGGGAGGAUAUGAGCCCUUGUUCACCAUGAGUGUCCAGCAGCAGUCCAUUCAGUCCUUCACUGAGGAGGACUACAACAAACUCACCACCAACUUCUAUGACAAUGCUAGGGCUAUGCAGUUCAUCACCCUCUACAGCUAUGAGGACAUAGUGACAGCUAAGAUKGAGGGCAGCUCAGGGUCAGUGUGGAGGAUCAGCCCACCAAGUCGACAGGAGGUGGUCAAGGAGCUGCUGGGCAGCCCUGUGGACAUGACCCUACGCCUGGCCUGGACCUUCCAGAGGGACCUUGGCAAGGGUGGCACUGUGGAGCACACGUCUGACAAGUACUCCAUCGAUCUGGAUCCAGGCAACCCGGUCAGAGCAGACCUGGCUUCCCUGCUAGUGGGGAACCGCACAGACCCAGUACGUGUGCCUCACAUGUUCCCCAACUAUAUCCGAGCACCAAACGGAGCCGAGGCCAAACCAGUCGACCAGCUGUAUAAAGGUGAUGAGGAGGGCUACCAGGAUAUAACACUGUCUCUGAUGAGGGACCGCUCUCUGAACAGCACCCGUGGGGCCCAGGAGUGGUGGGACAUCAGCAUCGCCGACUGUCCUCCGUCCACAGGGGCCUGCGGCGUCCUGCCGAUGGUCAUCUUCAAUGACAAAGUCAGCCCCCCCAGUCUAGGUUUCCUGGCAGGAUAUGGGAUCAUGGGGCUGUACGUGUCUGUGGUGCUGGUGAUUGGGAAGUUUGUGAGGGGCUUCUUCAGUGAYAUCUCUCACUCCAUUAUGUUUGAGGAGCUGCCCUGUGUUAACCGUAUCCUCAAGCUGUGCACAGACAUCUUCCUGGUCAGGGAGACAGGAGAGCUAGAGCUGGAAGAGGAACUCUACUCCAAACUCAUCUUCCUCUACCGCUCACCAGAGACUAUGAUUAAGUGGACAAGAGACAAGCUAUCAAGUGACAAUCGCUAGCCCCCCCCCCCGGCUGUCAUAUCCAGAUCACCCCUGGGGUGCCUCUACCUGGUCUUCCUCUAAAAGACCCAAUACUAGCUCCAGUGGGUCUAUUUUCACUGUGCACUAACCCCUCUUAGCCAGGGGGAAAGGCAUGUUUUGUCUGUUUCUGUAUUCUGACAGUACUAUUUGCCUCUGCUGGUGGGCUGUACUGACAGACAGUGAGCCAGAGGCUGUGUGGUGGCCAAGGGGUCUGCUCCAGUGCCCGUCCAACUGGUUAUGGAAAGUUUGGCUAGGCCUCUCCAAUCAGAAGGGCAGGUUAGWUGCUUUGCACUUUGACCACAGACUAAAGCCAGGCUCCUCUCGUCUUAUUGSCUGGGUUCCAACAGAAAUAUCGGCUUCUGAAUGAGGUGUGAUGGCCGGCUUGACCUACAGACACUACCCCUUAAUGAAGAGACAGGCUGGAUCUUCACUACACUGACCAGCAGUGUGGARAGCGCCAAAGGGGACAAUUUGAGAGAAAAAGGACCUAAAGUAGGGUGUUUGUUUCCAAUCAAAACACUAUUAGAUCAAUUUCAGCCAAAUCUCCAAGUCUUACUCAAACUGUUUACAAAUUGAAACGCUUCAGUUGGGAGGAAAGCUAAAGCUUUUAGCUAAAGCUUGUACGUGGCAACAAGUUACAGGCUUAUUGAUCGCAAGACUUGAAUCUGUUAAAUGAUAGAGUAUAGCAACACUGUAAAAUGUCCUAGUCAUGACAAUCCUUAAAUGUCUCCAUGUUGGAAUAAUGCAUAAGGCAACAUUGCCCCCAUCUCUGGAAAAUGUCAUGCUGGAGUACUUUCAGAAAUUGUGACACUAUACAGAAAACACAGCUACCAUUGUGCCUUUUUAUUUGUUUCUGAAUUGUUACAACAGGGUUCAGCCAUUGCCAAUAUGCAAAAACCUUUCCUAACUUUAAACAUGUUAUACUUUUAUUUCCAUAUGUUUGCUCUCAUUUUCAGAGAACCUGAUGGGAGUUCUAAUGCAGAACCAUGUAGGUUGUUGCUAUGGGAUCUCUGUUGUGGAAGAAUAAUCAUUUAUAUUUCCAAUAGAAUGUGAUUCAGCUUCUAAACCAAUGAAAAUAUUGUUCAUUCUCA